AUGUCAUGCAUGGCAGAGGAUAGCAAUAGAUUGGUGUUUAGUCUAAUAAUCAAGACGGGCAGUGUCCUCAUGCUCGAGACCUUUAUCAAUAUGACUGGCAAUCGACUGCUGCCCAUUGUCACAGUAAGGGAGCUGGUGGAGGCCAUGGGCAAAGGGAGCGAGCAGUUUGUACGCCUGAUCCUCCAACAUGCAUCCUCUGUAGAGACCUCCCCCAGCACAUCAAUGAUGAAUAUGCCCAACGGUGUGGAUGUCAGCAUGCUCCGCCUCAUCCACGAGGAGUUCAAAAUUGGCCACAGGCACAACUUUGUGUGGAAGGUAGCCUUGAGUAGUUGUAUCCGCUGCAACAUGAUGGAGAGUGUGCAAUACAUCCUGGAGGAUCGCAACCCACCGUUGAUCUAUCUAAAUGGUUGGGACCGAGCAGAAUAUAUUCAGCUCCUCUGUGACAUCUGCACUUUUGGUCACAUCGAGCACUUCCAGGCAAUGAUUUCACAACGCCCCGAGUUAAUUAGUUAA